AUGGAGAAGAAGAAAAAAAAUUAUAAAAUAUCUGAUGAUAACGAGAUUAGCGAAAUUAAUAGAACAUCAAAAGAUAGAAUGGAUCCUCUAGUAAAACUAAAAGAAGAGAGAGAAAAAUUAAUCCAGUGGUCUAUUAAAUUAAAAAAUAAUAGUUCUUCAUUUCUAAGCUCAGAUAAAUUAGAUAAAGAUAAAAGUGAGAAAUAUUAUUCUAGUGAUGAAUCUUAUAACAACAAUAAAUAUAAUAACAAGCUGAAUAACAAUAGCGAUAACAGAAAAAAAAAAAUAGAUAAUGAAAUAAAUUAUUAUGAGGAUAAAGAAGAUGAAAUAAAAGAAAAUAAUUUGAAUUGUAAUGAUAUAGUUAAAAUUAGAUUAAAAGGAAAUAUGGAAAAUAAAAAUAGAGUUCACAUAAAUUUUAGAGAAAAAGAUUCUCUAAAUGAAUCAUUAGAAGAUGACCAAUAUUUUAUGCUUUCAAAUUACAAAGGAGGAGAUGUUAAGUUAAAUAGUAAAUUAGAAAAAAAUAAAAAAGGUAUAAAUAAUUCAAAUAAAGAAAAUGAAUGUGAAAUUCCAAAAAAUGAAAAGUAUUUAACUGAAAAUAUUUUUGAUAAAAAAAAAAUUCUUAGUAAAGAAUUUGAUUAUAUUUCUAGCAAUGAUAGCUCCGCUGAUAUUACUCAGAAAACUUUUUCUUUUAAUACUCUAAAAAAAGAUAUAAAUUGUUAUAAUAAUAAUAAUAAGAUAAAUAAUUAUACUAAAAAUGUGUCUGAUAUACAUAUUAGGGAGCCUUUUUAUAAAAUUCCUAAAAAUGAAAAUAAAACAGGAAAUAAUUUUAUUACGGGAAACGAAGAAAAGAUGAAGAAAGAAUUAUAUCCAAAUAGCGAUAUUACGUUUGAUGAUUUGGGAAAUAAUAACUUGAAAAAUAAAAAAAAAAUAAAAUUAACAAGAAAAAAAAAAAAUGACAACAAUAAUAUUCAUUCUUUUAACUUAAAAAACCAAAAUAUAAAUUAUCUCAAUGAUAUAAAAAUUGAAAAAAAUAACAAUAAAUCUUCUAGUGGCAGCAUUCAAACAUUUUUACCUAUAACAUCUUUAAUAAAUUCAACUGAAAAUUCUUCAUGCACAACAAUAUUUUCGAAUAAUGAAAUUAAUGAAAAUAAGAAAAUUAAUAAUGAUAAAAUAAAACAUAUAGAAGCAAAAAAAAUGGCAAGUUUAUUAAAAGAAAAAGUAAAUCUAUUGGAAAAGAAAAAAGAAAUUUUAAAUGAUAAAAUGAAUGAUUUACAUGAUAAUGUAUAUACCUUAGUGGAUUCUAAGCAAAGAGAUAAUUUAGCAAUUCAGCAUUAUGAAACGUUAAUAAAAAACUUAGAAACUAAAUACAAUAAAUUAUUUAAUAUGUAUCAAGAAUUAGAUGAACAUCGUAUUUCCUAUGUUGAAGCUUAUAGAGAAAAACAAACCAAAAUAGAAAAUUUAUGUGCUAUUAUGCAAAUUAAAAGUGAAGAAAAUCUAAAAUUAAUACAAGAAAUGAAUAUUAUUAAUAAAAAAGUUGAAGAGUUACAAGGUCACAUUUACGAAUACACAAAAGAUAUUGAAGAAAAAGAAAUUACGUUAAGUAAAAAAAAGGAAGAAAACAUUAUGUUAAAAAAUUCAUUAGACAAGGCUAAUAGUGAAAUUGAAGAAUUAAAAAAAAAAUUAGAAAAAAAAUCAAAAGAAUUAAAUGAAAUGGCAGAAAAAUAUAAUUCUCUACAAGAAGAAAAUGAAAAUAUAAAACUUAAAUAUAAAGAAACUGAAGAUAAAUAUGGUGAUAUAAAUAAUUUUUAUUUACCCAAAAUAGAUAAUUUGCAGUAUAUUAUUAAUAAAAUUCUACAAAUUUUCAAGUUAAAUGACGAAAAUAUUUUAAAUUAUUCUAAUUUUUUUAAAGAAAAUGCUAGAAUUAUUGAAGAAAAACUUAGAAAUAAUAAUAAGAAAUAUGAAGAUAUAAUUCUUUUAUUAGAUAGUAAUUUAAUAGAUCCAAUUAUAAAUGUAGUUAAAGAAAGAGAAAGUGAGUAUAAACAACAAACAAGAGACAUGGAAAAUAAAUUUGAUGAUGAAUUACUAAAGAUGUACGAAAAUAAUAUCAACAAUAUUGAAUUAGCUAAAAACCAAAUUGAUCAAUUUAAAAAUAAACUGGCAUCAGCAAUUCUUCAAAGAAAUAAUACCAAGAACAAAGCUUUACUAUUGUCCCAUGGUCAAGGGCGUUUAAAUAAUAAAUCAGUAAUCAGAGAAUUAAAAAAAAUGAAUACAGGAACUUUAAUUUAUAAAUGCAAGUAUUACACUUUUAAACAUAAACCCGUUUUAAUAUACAUGAAAAUUGUUGAUAACAAAUUUAUUACAUGGAGUAAAAAUACUAAAGGAGAAAAAGGAUUUAAGAAGAAAAAAUUAAUAGACAUUAAGGAUGUUAUAUCAAUAGAUUUCGGUAUAAACAGUAGACCUGUGUAUUGGCUCAUAGAAAAACAGAAUAAAAAAAAACUAGAAAAAAAAAAAAUAGAAUCUAAUCAAUUUUACGAUAAUGAAUACCAAAUUGAUCCUUAUAAGUGUUUCACUUUAUAUACUAAGAAGAGAGCUUAUGAUUUUUUUUCAGAUGAUGAAGAAGUAAUUGCUACAUGGGUAAUAGGUCUUGGUGUACUAUGUUAUGAAUACACUAAGAGUCCUAACAUUCAGUCAAGAUCAGAAUUUAUCAUUAAAAAAGCUCAACUGAAAUUAAAAUUAUAUUGUAUUAAAAAUAAUAUAAAUUAUACUAUAUUGUGGAAAGAUGCUAUCAAAAAAACUCAAAAACAAAUUUCUAAAUAA